GGAGGUAUAAGUAUUAAUGGAGAGUCUAGUUGGUGUUAAUCCAGUUUUAAACGAGUUUGCUGGACCUGUAUGUAAGUUGGACAGGCUGCGGGAGUUUCAAGUCCUGGACACUUUAACGGUACUGUCUGUUUGAGGUGAAGUUUUGCCUCCACACAGAACGGCAACCUGGUAUGGCAGGAGGCUACAGCAUGAAGACCUUAGAGGAGCUGACUUUGGACUCUGGAUAUGGAGCAGGAGACUCAUGCAAGUCUCUUAGCCUAUCCUCAUGCAGGUCCAACUCCCAAGCCUGGACAGGCACACUGCACCGGGGAAAUUGGUGGCAUUUGUCGGGCUCCAUGAACAGCCGCAAUAACAGCUGUGACACGGUGAACACGGUGUUGCCUGAGGACCCUGAGGAUAUCUUCUCCAAGUGUCCACGCUUACCUGAGCUUGAGGAGUUCCCAUGGACUGACGAGGACGUUGGAAAGAUUCUGCGCAGGGUGUCAGGAGAGAGCCUCGCAUUCUCCGGUGAAGCAGUACGCAGACUGUCGGCCCUGAUGCGCCGGGUGCUGAUCCGGGUGGCCCGGGAGGCGCAGCGGCUCAGUGUCAUGCACUGCCGUUGCACACGCUUUGAGCUGCAAAGUGCCAUCCGGUUGGUGCUGAGCUGGGGACUAGCGGAGCACUGUGUUUCUGCCACAGUCAGGGCCAUUAGCAUGUAUGACAUGAGCACUGGAGAACUGAUGUGCAAAGCCAAGUCAGCUCGUUGUGGGUUAACGCUGUCUGUUGGCCGUUUCUACCGCUGGAUGGUGGACACCCGGGUAUCAGUGCGCAUUCAUGAGUAUGCAGCAAUCUGCCUGUGCGCAUGCAUGGAGGCGCUCCUGGAGGAGGUGGGUGCUCGUGUGCUGCUGGCCGAAAGACAACACAGUGCAAGCGCUGAUGGACGGAUACUGGCGGAGACUCUGGAGGGUGUUAUUAACAAUGACGCUGAACUGUGGGGGGUCAUGCAGCCCUAUGAACACCUCAUCUGCGGGAAAAAUGCCAAUGGGGUGCUGUCCUUGCCAGCCUAUUUUAGUCCAUACACAGAGGGCCAGCAGGCCGGGCUGGAGAGAAGAGAAGAUGCUUACGCCCAGCUGGAACUGCGGACUCUGGAGCAGUCUCUACUGGCCACCUGUGUGGGCAGCAUCUCUGAACUGAGUGAUCUUGUGUCACGAGCCAUGCACCACAUGCAGCGUCUGGGUUCAGUGCGGAUCGGCGCAAGUCCAUCCCGCCAUGUCCGCCAGCAGCCCGUCUCCUGGUCACCGGAUGCCUUGCACACGCUCUACUACUUUCUGCGCUGCCCUCAGAUGGAGUCCAUGGAGAAUCCUAACCUGGAGCCACCGAGAAUGGCCCUGAGCAAAGAGAGACCCUUUCUCCUGCUACCACCCCUCAUGGAGUGGAUGCGUGUGGCCAUUGUGCAUGCAGAGCACAGACGAAGUCUGUUGGUGGACAGUGAUGACGUCCGACAGACAGCGAGACAGCUGCUACCGGGACUCGACUGUGAACCCAGAAUGCUCAAGCCAGAGUGCUGUUUCAGUUCGUUCAAAAGGCUAGAUGCCAAGGCUGCCACUGACAAGUUCCAGCUGGAUCUGGGCUUUCGAAUGCUGAACUGUGGCCGCACAGAUCUGAUAAGCCAGGCUAUUGAGCUGCUGGGGCCAGAUGGAGUCAACAGUAUGGAUGAUCAGGGCAUGACCCCACUGAUGUAUGCCUGCGCCGCUGGAGAUGAGGCUUUGGUCCAGAUGUUGAUAGACGCUGGAGCCAAUCUGGACAUAGCAGUGCCUGCAUGCUCCCCUAAACACCCAUCUGUCCACCCAGACAGCCGGCACUGGGCAGCACUUACUUUUGCAGUGCUGCAUGGACACAUCUCUGUGGUAGAGCUCCUCCUGGAUGCAGGGGCAAAUGUGGAAGGAGCAGCGGUGCGUAACGGGCAGGAGAGCUCCGCAGACACCCCACUUCAGCUGGCGUCAGCAGCAGGAAAUUAUGAGAUGGUGAGUUUGUUACUAGCACGGGGGGCCGACCCCUUGCUGAGGGCCCGUGAAGGAAACUCUCUAACAUCAUCGCUUUAUGAGGACAUGAACUGCUUUAGUCACGCUGCAGCACAUGGACACAGGAAUGUCCUGAGAAAGCUGCUGUCCCAGCCACAGAAGAUGAAGGAUGAUGUACUUUCCCUGGAGGAGAUCUUGGCAGAGGGGGUGGUAGGGGCGGAGACGGAGGUGACACCCUUAGAGGGGGGACAGCCACGUCUCUCCAAGGCCCGCAUGAAGGCCCUGCAAGAGGCAUCCUUCUACAGCGCCGAGCAUGGUUACCUGGACGUCACUAUGGAGCUUAGGUCGCUGGGAGUUCCAUGGAAGUUUUACGUGUGGCUGGAGUCUUUGCGCAGUGCACAACAACAGUCACGAACUUCAGUCACCCUGUCUCUGCUCCGAGACUUCAGCACCAUGAAGGAGGAGGAUUACGGAGAGGAGCUGCUCACCGUCUGCCUUCCACUCAUGUUUAACAUACUCAAGAGCUGCAAGAAUGAAGCUAUAAUGCAGCAGAUAGGCUCCAUCUUUGGUCACUGCUAUGGACCUGCUCCUAUCCCUGCCAUCUCAGAGAUAAAAACCACUCUUUCAGCACAGCUCGAUCCCCACUUCCUAAAUAAUCAGGAGAUGUCUGAUGUGACAUUUUUGGUGGAAGGAAAGCCAUUCUAUGCUCACAGGGUUUUACUGAUGACGGCAUCUGAAAGGUUUAAGUCUCUUCUUGGGUCCAGUAGUUCCGACAGCUCCCAGCACUGCAAGGAAAUCGAGAUCAGUGAUGUAAAGUACAACAUAUUCCAGGUGAUGAUGUCAUACCUGUACUCCGGGGGGACAGAGAUUCUGAAGCUGGAUGUGUCUGAGCUGUUGGAGCUGCUGUCAGUGGCGACUCUGUUCCAGUUAAGCGGGCUGCAGCGUCACUGUGAACAGCUCUGUGCUCGGAACAUCGACCCUGAUAAUGCACUCAGCGUCUACAGUACAGCUAAGGCUCAUGGUGCAGUGGAGCUGAGAGUGUACUGUGAAGGCUACUUUCUGCAGAACAUGGGGACUUUACUGGAAAGAGAGAGUUUCUGCAGCCUGAUCUCUGGUACUCGCUCAGCUUCUGGGAGAGAUUCGGCACUGUUGGAGGAACUAGAGGAUCUGCUUGCACAGAGAACGGGCUCCCUUCACAUCACCACCAAUGUGUAAACGGAGGAGAAAGGGGAGCCAACUAGUGAUGGUGAUUGGAAGUAAAUGAGAAAGACUGGAAAUAGAAUGUACAAGAUGAUGCUGGGAAAUAAAGAAAAGGACAAAUGACAGUGAUGAGUGAAAGAGAAUUGUUCAGAGAGAGAGAGAGAGAGAAGACUAUGAGGGACCAGUGGAAGUCGUGCCUGGAAAGAGACUCGUGUAAGAAUAAUAAUGACCAGUGUGAGCACUGGAAGCUUGCAACAAUGGACAAUGCACAAAAAAACUGUAUAACUGCAUACUGAAUGCAGUGGCAUUCCUGUAACUAAAGCUCUCGAUUUUCAGAGUUUCCCUCUAUUCUUUGACCAACUUCUGUUGCUUAAAGACGCCACAAUGUAAGAUUUGAGCUGGGCCAAAUGUAGUGGGAGAAAUGUGUAUUUUAUAAGCUAAACUACAAGAUUUAACUUUUUAAAGCAUUUUCUAUUUAAUGUGUGAGAUUAUUUAAGUUCCCAUUUUAUUGUGCUCUAUGCCAAACAAAUAAAAUAAUAUAAAGCCAAAUGUUAUUUU